AUGAGGCUUCAGCACGACCCUGGGCGCCACGUCCCAGGCGAGGCACAAGCGGCAGCACCAGCCGAAGCCCCGCCUUUAACGUGCCCCAAAGAAGCAGGCGGCCCACUGCCUGAGCCUGUGCCCUUCAGCCCCGAGGAGCUGCUUGACUCCAGACUGGCGCCCCCUCCAGCCCACGCCUUGCCAGCCCCUGGCUUGGCAGUGACGGCCGUCUCCCGCACCAUCCGCCUCUACCACCCCCCGGGCGACAUCCUCGCUUCCCAGCCUCUGGUGGUGCUGCUGCCCUGGUUUGGCGCUCGGCCCCGUGCCUUGGCCAAGUACCUGUCUCUCUACCUGGGGCGCAGCUGGCCCGUGCUGGUAGUCGAGAGCAGCCUGGGCCACUUCCUGUGGCCACGGUGGGGGCUGGCCUAUGCCGCACGGGUGCUUGGCCUGCUAGCGGACGGCAAGGCCCUGGGUGCCCGGCCCCUGCUCAUCCACGCCUUCUCCAUCGGAGGAUACGCCUUCGCCCAGAUGAUGGUGCACCUGACCAGCCACCCUGAGCAGCAUGCUGGUGUGCGGGAGCGCAUCUGCGGCUUGGUCUACGACAGCUUGGUCGCCGGCAGCCUGGCGGAUAUGGCGCGGGGUGUGGCCAGGAUGACCGGCUCCGUGGUCUUCCGCCCACUCCUCCACAGAGGGACCCUGCUCUACUUCCGCCUCUUCCGCCGGUGUACCGUGGCGUAUUACGAGGCUGCGUUGGACGUCUUCCAUCACCCGCCCCUCCGCUGCCCCGUGCUGGUCUUCUACUGCCACAAUGACCCAUUGAGCGAUGUCCACGUGGUGCAGCAGCUACUGGACAGUUGGCGGGCAGCAGGCAUCUGCGUCCAGGCCCAGGCAUGGCCGGUUUCCCACCACGCAGGGCACCUGCGCCUCUACCCUCAGGAGUACACCCAGGCCUUGGCUGCUUUCUUGCAGCAUCUGGGCCUGGUUCCCCGCAGACUCCAGGCUAAACUUUAGUGUGAGAAGGAACUAACUCUGGUCUACAAAGUGACCCAGAAUGGAGGAAGCCAUCGAAGCAGCAGCUGUUC